AUGUUCCUUCUCAACCAGGUGAUCUGGGUGUGUAAUAACUGCCGGAAGCAGCAGGAGAUCCUGACCAAGCCAGGCGAGUGGUUCACAGGUCCGGAUGGGAACCCUGCUGGCCUCGGGUCAGCCGUCAGUGAGCCGUCUGUGUGCCAAAAGCUUCGGUCUCGCUCCCAAGCGCCCUCCACAAUCCAAGACCCCAACCGACCCCACGCCCCUGGGACCGAACCUGGCAUCGACCCCCGAUCCCGCAGCGAACCACCGCGAGACACGAGAAAUGGCCGAGGAGGCGGAGCUAGUCGGGGGGAGCGGCGGGCGGUCCAGCCCAGGCUGCAGACCCAGGUCUCCAUGGACCGGGACCUCCGGGGGGAGUCCAGAGAGCGCAGGGAGAGCCGGCGGCUGACCAAGGGACGAUCUCUGGAGCACGAUCCUGUGGGAGAAGGUUUAAGACGGACAGAAGAGGGGGGCUACCACCACAUGGACCACAGCGGUGCCCCCCCUCGCAAAGCAGGGCCGGUCCCUCCUGGAGGCCGGGGCUACCCUGUACCCAUGCAGGGCCGUGGCAUGGGCGUAGCAGGGGGGGAGGUUGGGGACGGUGUACGGCCCGGUAAGAGGACAGCGGGUGGGGUUGGAGGGCCACAUGAACACACCCUUGCUCAGCAGCCCCCUCCCCCUGAACUCAGAGAGCCUCCUGGUUUGGGCCCUGGCUCGACCCCCGGCCAGGGGCCCGUAGGGAGACGGACCAAACGGGAGAAGGCUGAGAGCAUGCUGCGCAAUGAUUCGCUGAGCUCUGACCAAUCGGAAUCACUGCGUCCGCCCCCUCCAAGACCCUACAAGUCGAAACGAGGGCUUGGGGCGGGGGGGAAGAGGCAGACCAGCGUCAGCAGCUCAGAGGAGGAGGGGGGGACCACGCCGGAGUACAGCAGCUGUGAGGACGCAGAGAUUGAAAGUGUCAGCGAGAGAGGUGAGAGACCAAACCAUCAUCACCUUGUGUUGAUUUCAUCCAGGGGGGGGUUUGAAAAUAUUGACUUCUGUCAGUUUAAUUAUUUGUUUAUCUAUCAAAAAACAUGAAAUAUCUGAGGCAAUUUGACUGUUAUAAAAUGUUGGAGA